ACGGAAUAUCAAUUAUACUCAUCAAUCCCAUUUUUGAUGAGCUUUCAUUUGGUAUAUAAUUUGUUUUGAUAUCAUUUGUCGUUUGAGCUGUACCCCCCGUGCAAAACAUUUUUUCCAGCCCUGUAUAAUGCUAUCUUAAAUUAUAUUGUUGAUACGAAACAUUUUGUUCAGUCUUGAUGCUGUUACCUCUUAUCUUCCACCCUCUAUGCAAAGUUCAUACACACAGCAAUUUUUUAUUUUUAUCUUCUUUCUGCUCUAUUAAUUGUUCCCUGUCACAAUGAUAUUAUUGCUAUAGAUCAUUCCUUUAGUACUUGUACACGUCUAUCUCAUUCACUUUAUUCUCAACUUGUUAUAUUCUUUUCUUUUGCUUCACAUUUUAUUGUACUGUAUAAGAGUCUGCGGCAUAUAUGAUUACGCUUCGCCACUUUACUAAUGUAGAAAAUAAAUGGUUUAAAAGAAAAUAUAUAUAUAUUUGUCUUUCUGAUGUUCUGAUGCAAAUCACAUAAAGUAAAACGCUGCUUACUUAUUUAGUAGAACAAGCAUAUUAGAUUUUCAAUGAAAGCAAAGAAACGUUUCUUAAGUUUUCUUUUAUCUUCGUGAAAAUGAUUUCAAGUCUUCAAAAAUCCAAACUUUUUUUGGAAGAGUGUUCAAAGAAAAAUCAUCAUUUAUCCGUCAUUUCUUUCUCAAAUUUAUAUUAUUUGUAUGCAAUAAAUUUUGUUUGUUUUUAAGUAAAACUACUUGUAAAAUAAAUUUAUAGUUAUGUAGAAUAUACUUGAUGAAAAGAGCAAAACAUUUAUUUAUUAGGUUUUUGAGUAGCUCUAAACAUUGAAAUAUAAUUAUUUUGUAGUCACGACGUUAUUGUAUGUUUUUCGAUUAUUGACAUAUUGUAGACGGGGUCGUCAUUCUAUAUAUUCUCGCUAGACUUUUACCUUCGGUUUCACCAUUACUUAGUCCGAUGUGUGAUGUGCAAGUGUACACAUUCUUCAAUACAAUAUAAUUGUGGGGAUAAAUAAUAUCAUUAUUUUCUUUAAAAAAUACGUUCGUCUAUUCCGACGUUUAAUUCAAAAAUAUUUUUUGUUUUCUUUCUACGUCUUUCGAGAGAACAGAAAGAAUGUCUGUGAACCAUGCAAAACUAGUUCUCUACUCUUUUUCUUCAAUCAUAUAGAUUCUUUUCUGCUUAGUAAUAAAAAAUAAAGAAAAUAGGUUUCUUUGAUCGAAAUUAAACGUCGCUAUUUUCAGCUAGACUACAUUUAAAGUCUCGUCACCAUCCACGCAUCCAAUAGUUCAUGUGAUGCAUAUGAAAAACAAAAAAGUAUUUAUUGAGGUAAAAAUAAUACUUUUAUGCAUAUUACAUUAUAAAUGAAAAUAACAGAUUUUUCUGUUCUAGAUAUAAACUUCACUAUACAUGAUGCAGGACACUAAUGACAUUGAUGUAGACUACUAUUCAAGGGUAAUUCCUUAUUGGGAUGACACUCGAGACAUCGGCGAAUAUUCUGAUCAUUUGACUGUCUGGUUAGAUAAAUACAUCGGUCGUCCAGAAGAAAGUACCAAACUAAAGGAAUUAUUUCAAAGAAUAAUUCAGCCGUUGACCAAUUUGAAUCCAGACGAUUAUGAACUUAAUGAACCCUGCUGUCAACUGGAAGAUCCUGAAAUAUUGAGUAAGCUGAAAGAUACGGUUUAUUGUCUGAAACCAUUUUUUGAAAUUCGGGAUUGUCUUGAAUUUAUUCAACAAAAUGAUAAAAAGAAGAUAUUUUUUAUAUCGUCGGGCACAAUGGGUGAGGAGAUCGUACCACAAAUUGCCGAAUGGUCACAAAUACAUGGAAUUUAUAUAUUUUGCGGUUGCAUGCAACACCACAUAGAUAGCUGGGCGCUAGACUAUUACGAGCGUAUAACGUCAAUGUUAGAACAUCAAGAUGAUUUACUCCUGCGAUUAACAAGAGAUAUUGCUAAGUAUUUGGGGGAAAAGGGCGAUCAUUACUUGGCACUAACUGAAAAUGUUAAAGCGAGGCAUUGUUACGCCUGGGCAAUUAAAUUAUUGUUACGAACACGCGACUUGGGUAGUAAAUGUUAUCGAGAUAUGCACGAUGAGCUAAUGAGAAAAUUCAGCAAAGCGCACGAGGGCUAUGAAUCAUCAAGGAAACAAAGUGAUUAA